AUGUGCCAAGCUCCGCGGGCGGAUCCACCGACCUCCACUCCAAGAGUGCCGACUCCGGUGAAGCGGUUAACUAUACCAACCGCUCCCGUUGAGUCGACGCCAGGACUUGUUGCUGCGAAGAGGAAGGCAUCAUCACCGACCACCCAGCCAGCCAAGACGAAGCCGCCGCAGCCGCCAACCACCCCCAACCCCCUCGAGGAAGACGAAUGGACUCUUGCAGUCAACGGGCUACGAAGACAGCUGCACCCGUAUAUGCAGGGGGACACAGCGGCCAUCUCAACGCGGACUGGAGACCACUGGGAGACGGCAGCCACUACGAGCUACACAACAAAGUCUUCAAAGGCACCCAUGGAGUAG